UACCAAGACCAGAACCCAUGAUUCUUUACUGUGCAUGUGAAAAGCACUGUUUUCCAACAAAAUUCAUUGAUCAUUCCGGCACAAUUUAGAAGAAACAUUAAAAGAUACAAAUUGCAUCACCUCUUUUUUUAUUAUUGAGAAAACUAACCACAUACUAAUAAUAACCAAGCUUUAUUUUCAAUUAAUAGGUUUUUUUUUUUUUUUUUCUCACAAAACAUCCAUAUAAAUAACUUUUGAAAUAGAAAUCACAUUUUGCUUGUCAUCAUCCUCAUGGAUUUUGAGACUCAUCUAUGGAAUUCUGCCAUCUCUCACUACCUUUACCCUAGUGAUGAUCUAUUAUUUUUAAACUUUAAAUGGCAAUUUGACAUUUACAAAUGUCUAAUGUUAUUCUUUUUAUCGCUCAGAUCUCAGUGUGAGAACAGUAGGUAGGCAAAGUGUUUCGAGCACCGGAAUGACUCAUUCGGAGAUGGUCACCUCCCAGACCAUGAGUGAGAUUCAUUCUUCCACUAUGCAAACUUUUGAAAGCGUCUCUACGGUGAUGAUGUCCACAACAUCUGUUAAAAGCAUAGAGGUCCAACAAGUUACCUCUGUGGAAGAAUAUUCUACAAGCCCCGUUUUGACCCAGAAAAUGAGUGAUAUAAUUGUCGGCCUGGGUGAUGUGGCUCAGUUCAAGUGUUCCUUCAGUGGACAGCCAUUUACUGAAAUUGUAUGGGAUCAUAACGGAAGGACAAUCGCAAAUACAGAAAGGGUGCAGUAUGUACAUCAAGGCCAGCUCAUUUCUCUCAUCAUAUUCAAUGUCCAUCUUGGGGACCAGGGACAUUACUGCUGUACUGUUAAAAAUAGAAAUGGCGAGAGUCGAACGUCUGCACAGCUCACAGUGGAAGCUAAAGAAGCGAACCCCAACGAAACCCCCGUACCCUCCGAUUCUAUCAGUAAAUCUUCUAAAACUGAAAAUGAGUCAAGUAAAAAGGCCACUGACCAAGAAAAGCAGGAGUCCCUACAGAAUGUUGGAGCCCUGACAACAAAGUGGCAGAUAAGCCGACAUUACAAUCCUGAUGUUAUCCCUUUGUUGGAGCGUGACAUAUAUGAUGCAAUUCAGCCAGAGUUCCUUGUGAAACUGUCCCCAGAAUUCCUUGCCAAACAAAGGGAGAGUGCUUCUCUUUAUUAUGUAUUCAAAGGAAGCCCCUCUCCAUUCGUUGUAUGGCUACACAACCAGUUGAAUGUUGAAGAGCCAAGGUCAUACUCCUUGAAACAUGAUGGGCCCUUGUGCUACUUAAAUGUAAAGAAUAUUGGUUCUGACCAAGGGGGCACACAUUCUUGCAAAGUUAUCAAUGCUGCUGGAGACAAAACAUGCAGCACUCAUCUCAGAGUGAAGACAGGUUGGCAUUUGCAUGCUUUGGUCUUUACCACCUUUUAUGUUAGCCCUGGGCACACUUUUUUACUCAUAUGUCCACUCUUAUAAGUAGAAAGAGACAGAAAAAAAAAGGAAAAAAAAUCACAACAUGCAAAUGUUGUUCUAAAGGAGUCUGACAGUGACUUCAGUGCACAUCUGUCAUGGGUGUUCUACAAGGGAGAUGUGGUCCAUUUGCAUUAUGAUUGAAGGAGAAUAUGGG